AUGGCAAUAACCAAAUCUCUUUCAUACACUGAUACCGAGUACAUGCAGCGCUUUCAUAAAGCCAACAGCAAAUCCGCGGCCUGCGCCAAUAUGUACCCCGAUCGCCAAAUAACCGAGACUGUUAUGAAUGGGCACCUGAUAUGCGUCAAGCUCCGCACUGAUCAUCUGCAGCCAACCGGGUAA